AUGUCGACCGCCAGGUUCCGAGUCACGGAGCACACCAUCCCGGCCUGCCACAUCCGCGAGUAUGCCGGUAGCACGGUGCAGCAGGAGGAUGUGUUGCACCUCCACGUGAAGCAGUACACCCCGCACACCCACAGGUCCAACCCCAAGCCCGUCCCCGCCCAUGCCGUCACCCUGAUCGCCGCCCAUGCCGUGGGCUUUCCCAAGGAGCUGUACGAGCCCCUCUGGGACGAGCUCUUGACGCGAUCGGCCGUCCCGAUCCGGGGCAUCUGGAUCGCCGACGUCGCCAGCAUGGGCACGAGUGGCAUCCUCAACGAAGACAAGCUCAGCAUGGACUGCUCCUGGAUGGACCAUCCCCGCGAUCUGCUCCUCAUGAUCAACCACUUCCGCGACCAGAUGCCCCGGCCCCUGGUGGGGAUCGGUCACAGCUUCGGAGGCACCAUCAUGUGCGUUUUUUUACGUCUGUUGCACAGCAGCAGCUCGACUAACCCCUUCAGGGCCAACCUGGCGUACCUGCAUCCGCGCCUGUUCACGGCCGUCAUCUUCCUCGAUCCCGUCAUGCAGCGGUCCCCGCCCAACAUGGGCUUCGGGUCCGAUCCCCCAGGCCCCGUCAACUUCGUGCUGUGGCGCGACGACGUCUGGCCGACCCGUGCGGCCGCUGCGACUGCCAACAGGCGCAUGUUCAAGAACUGGGACCCUCGCUGUGCCGACCGCAUGGUGCAGUUCGGGUUCCGCGAUCUGCCCACGGCAUUGCAUCCCUCCCUCGGCGAUGAUGCCGACCCGGCCAACCCCCCCGUCACUCUCACCACCACCAAACAUCACGAUGUCCUGGGCCAGAUCCGUCACAGCUUCGACAUCCGCACCCCCGACGGUCGCAUCGAGCCCGAUCGGGCCACCCACGCCGAUCUGGAUCCCACCCUCUCCUUCCUGCCCGUCUACCGCCCCGAGCCCCCUCGCACCUUACAAAAGCUUCCCUCCCUGCGACCCCCCGCGCUGUUCCUCCUCGCCGGUGCCUCCUACCUGAACUUGGACCAGUUGCGAGAAGCCAUCAGAACAUGUGGCCAGGGUGUCGGUGGAAGCGGGGGCAGGGAAAAGGUCAAAGAGAUCACCCUCCCGAAACGAGGACACUUCUUCCCCUUCGAGAUCGUCGGUGAAACAGCCGGUCACUGUGCCGCGUGGCUGGACGAGGUGAUGCGCACCCAUUACGACGCGGAGCGACGGUGGAACGAGGCGCGGCGAGGAAUGGCCAAACGCGACCAUCUGGUCCUGGGCGACGAGUGGCGGAGGGCCAUCAAGCCGCCGGGGGCGUUUCGCUCCCUCAAACCACGCAAGGAUAAACUAUAG